CCUGCGAUAACAAGCAUUCUUUAUGCUUGUAACAUGACGUAACACGUAAUAAUCGAUGAAUGACGAUGUUGAAGUAUCAGUAACGUGAAGACGCCUCGAUUCGAUAUCCGUGCUAAUUUCAGCGUUGCGACCGACCAAAGGCGGAGUUCAGGCCGAACUUUCUCGACGUGGUCACGUCGAGCAUGAACAAGAUCGAAUACUUGGUAAAGUAUUCAGUGGCACCUUCGCCUAGCAGAGAUUACUACGGUCUCAGGAUUCUCCAAGACGAGGUAAUCCUGUAUUUGUGGAAAAUCUCCCACGGCCCGCACAAAGCGCCGAUUAUACAUCGUGCCAAGUUCACCGAAUUCGGCCGGGAAAAAUUAUUGCAAGACGAAAUUCGCCACGGAUUUGGUGAACAUGUGUUGAAUCACGUCAGGAAUAUCGCUGAAGGGAGCGAGAUCACCUUCUUAACUUUGCCGGAGUCUUUAGUCGGAAAAAUAUCAAGUUACUUGGAAUACAGAGAUAUUAUCAAGUUAUCCUCGUUAUCGCGCAUCGCCCACGAGGUGAAAGAAACAGUUACUUCCCUCCAUACAGUUAUAUUCAAUAGAGAUUCAAUUUGGAAGUUACUCUACAAAAGAGAUAAAGGCACCAAAAUUGACACAGGGGAAAGGGAGGAGGCUGGAAUUCACGGUUGGAAGCGGCUCUACCAGGACAGACAGAUGCAGACAUCAACGAGAGAUCAAAAGAAUCUUCGAGCACAAUCAUCGAUCAAACGUGCAAGUGAUGCGAAAACGAACAAACCGUCGCUGAGAACCAGCAAUGCGCCGAAACCAACCUCGAAGAUGGUCUCAGCUGUCAACAUUGCGACGAAGGAACGAUCCGAAUUUUCAAACGCAGACUUGACCACUUCGCUCUCCAGAACGUCGUCCGAUACUCGAUUUCGCGAUCCAAAAACGAAGAAGGAGAAGUCAUUUUCGCUAAAGAAAAACCCGAGAAGCUCGAAUUCUCUAUCUAACGUAAACGAAAAUGUCAAAAAAAAGGAAGACCAUAUCCUGUCAAGAUUAACGACGAAACAAGAAACUAAAAGACCCUCCAAGCAUGACGAAGAAUUUGACAGGCGAUCAAAGGAGCCGGAAAAAUAUAUCGACAAGAUUAACAGAGUCAAGACGACUUCGCAAAAGAACAAAACAAAAUAUGUCGCUUCCAGACCGUCACCGGUAUCUAAAAGCGCUAUGAAAAGCAUCAAAUCUUCGUCGGAUUUAGCAGAAGGUUUUAACGGUAAGUCUCGAUCGAAAACGAAAGCUAAGCCCAAGAAGGUAGCCGUAACCAGUUCUGAAAUAUUCAACAAUAAUGAUGCACACUCCGACAGUCCGUUCGUCGUCAGAGACGACGAUUUUGACCUGGCUGACUUGAUCGAAGCGAGCUUGAAGAAGAUUCGAAGUCCACGGAGCAUAUUUGAUUAUGAUUUCAGUUGCACGCCGCAAACGGAUGCAACGGAUGGUGCUUCGAGAAUCAAACAUGAGAUUUUAAACAUUGAUAGGUCGAGACAACAACAGAAAUCUAUCCGAAGCAACGUUAUGUCGAAUUACUUUCCCGGUAAAAUGUUUCAAAGAAGUGGAACUCUUGAGAAGCUUUCAGAAAAGUCUGAACCGUACAGUGAAACAUCGACCGAGUCCAUCGUGAAAGAUACAAAAGUCUCCCCAGAAGAGAAGGAUGAACUUUUAUCCAGGAAACAUACAAAGACUCAAGUGGAGCCGAGGAAAUGUUUAAACGUGAGAAAAAGCGAUCCAAUGUUCUUCAAGGAUCGGGAGGAUCUGCGGGGGAAGUUCCGAAGUAAAUAUUUCAGUCCCAGAAAGAUCAACAAUAUUGAUGAGAAGCUCUCUGUUACUAGAGAGCCAUUAAGAACUUCCAACUUGUUGAAAGUACACACUCCAAGCAGCUUGGAGUGUAAAAAGGGCUUUCUAGCAAAAAGUGCUGAGAUUGAAUGGGAUUUAUAAAGUCAAAGAUGUCAGAAUGGUCGCAAUCAGUAAAAUAAUUACGUGACAGGGAAAUUUUUUACGUAAUUUUAGAAAUUCCAGAAAUUUUUGCACAUUAUAUGCCUAGACUUUG